AUGGCGGUAGGGACGGGCAGCACUUUCAGCACCGUCACGCCGUCCGGUUCGGACGUGCACUCCAACUUUAGCUCGACAGGAACCGCCCUGGCGGCAACCUCUACGUCCUCCCUGGGGUCUCUCACAGACUACACGUCCUACCCGCUCGCCCGCCAGGGUGACCGCACUUACUUCCGGGACCCAGACAACUCCUAUCCACUACCAUGCGACAUGCCCGAGAUCCACCGCCAGACCCUACGUACAGCGAUGCUGCUGCGCGUCUUUGGCGGCCCGUUUUGCAAUCCCCACCUGGCCAACCACCCGCCCAAGCGCGUCCUGGAGAUCGCCUGCGGCUCGGGUGUCUGGUCGGGUUUGUGUCACGACUACUUUGCCCGGCGUGGCCAGCCCAACGUCGGAUUUGUCGGCAUUGAUAUUGUCUCCAUUGCUCCCGACCUGCGCAAACAGGGCAUGAACUGGCAAUUCAAACGUCACGACCUUCGACGGCCCCGCCUCCCGUUUCCCGACGACUACUUUGACUUUGUCUUCAUCAAAGAUACCGGCAUGUGCGCGUCUAGCCCCGCGCAGCUAGCCUCGGGCUUGGGCGAACCAUUACGAGUGCUCAAAUCCGGCGGCGUCUUGGAGGUGUGGGAUUCCGACUGGGUGUUUCGCUCGCUGCUCCCCAACCCCGCGCCGGCCCGCAAACUCGCCUCGAAGGACCAGGAUAUUGCCGAUGCCACGGCCACCUACACUUUCUCCUCCGCCACCCCGUUCACCCGCGCCCAAAACCAAUACCUGAUUGACUACAAUUCCUGGAUCGAGAACUCGUUCGACCGCCGCCGACUGAGCGCCCUGCCCUGCGCCACUAUCGGCCUCUCCUUCAACUCCGAGGUGGACGUGUUGGAAAUGGUCGACAGUCGCCGCAUUGCGAUUCCGCUCGGCGAAGUACGCUGGGAGCGCGAGGGCCAGGGCAAGGACUCCAAGGGCCGCGGCCGCAAGACCCUGACUGCGGAGCAGCUGUCCAUUCGACAAACCGCCCUUCUGACGGUCAUCCAAAUGAUCGAGGGCCUCGAACCCAUGCUCAUGGAAGCGAGCGGCAAGGGCCGUGACGAGUGGGACCGAUGGUGGGCCUCGAUGACCACCGACCUCCUCCAGAAAGGCGGCCUCGCGAGCGGCGAGUGCCUGGAAGUGAGUGCCUGGUGGGGACGCAAGAAAUAA